UUUAAAUUUAAGUUAAAGUUUUUUUUUUUUUUUUUUUUUUUUUUUACAUCAGCAAAAAAAUAAAUAUUUAAAUAAAGGUCCUGCGUUCGCUGUUCGUGCGCCGCUCUGCCUGCACUGGGAGUCAUGAGGUCCGCGCUGCUCCACUGCUGCUUCGCCUUAUCCGCGCUCAGCGGGCUUCUGAGUCUGGGGACAGGUGGGAAGGUGUUCCGACAGAUCAAAGAGCAGGUGCGCUGGUCCCAGGAGCUGAGGGCCCGCAAGCAUUUGCAGCUGUACGGGGUGGGAGGACGCCCUCUAGUGCCCGGGGGACCCUGGCCGAAAGCGGAGACACUGUGGCAGCCCCUGGACCAUUUCAACAGGCAGAACAACCUCACCUUCCCCCAGCGGUUCUUUGUGAAUGAUGGGUUCUGGAAUCCGCAGGGUCCAGUGUUCCUGUUUAUCGGGGGCGAGUCCUCCAUCUCGGAGUACUCGGUCCUGUCAGGUCACCAUGUAGAGAUGGCGCAGCGCUACAAUGCCCUGGUGGUGGCGCUAGAGCACCGGUACUACGGCGCCAGCAUCAACCCGGACGGGCUGAGCCAGGAGAACAUCCGGUUCUUGUCCAGCCAGCAGGCGCUCACAGACCUGUCAUCCUUCCACCUGUACAUCACUCAGCGCUUCAAUCUGACUCGUAACAACACCUGGCUGUGCUUUGGCGGCUCCUAUCCUGGUUCACUGUCUGCCUGGUUCAGACUCAAGUUUCCCCACCUGGUCUUCGCUGCGGUUGCCUCCUCCGCGCCAGUCCGAGCCCAGCUGGACUUCACGGGUUACAACAAGGUCGUUGCGGAGAGUCUCUCCAAUCCUGUGGUCGGGGGCUCUGAUAAGUGCCUGCAGGCGGUGUCCGCCGGGUUCCACGCCGUGGACGACAAGCUGAAGGCGGGGAACCUGUCAGAGCUGCAGAAGGACUUCCUGUGCUGCGGGUCGCUAGACCUGGCGGAGGAUCAGAGCGAGCUGGUCUCGAACCUGGCUGACAUCUUCAUGGGCACGGUGCAGUACAACCGUGAGACCGCAGGAUAUGACAUCGCCGCUGUCUGUAAUCUCAUGGCUGGGGGGGGCGAGGGGGAAUCCAGCUACACGAGACUCACACACGUGCUCAAGGAUUACCUGGCCCGCAUGGCGCUGUCCUGUCUCGACUCCUCAUUUCAGAAUAGCCUGGCAGAGCUGCAGGACACUCAGAUCAACCCGGUCGGGGUUGGGGAGCGGCAGUGGGUCUACCAGACCUGCACAGAGUUUGGAUACUAUCAGACCUGUGAGGACCCGCGCUGCCCCUUCUCCCCCCUCCUGUCUCUGCGCUCCCAGCUCCAGCUCUGCUCCCAGGUGUUUGGGAUAUCCCCGCCUAGCGUGGAGUCCGCAGUGACGUUCACCAACGAGUUCUACGGGGCGGACCACCCCAAAUCCAGCAGGAUCCUGUUCGUCAACGGUGAUAUUGACCCCUGGCACGCGCUGGGGGUGCUGAAGGAUCGAUCUCGUUCGGAGCGCGCCAUUCUCAUCAACGGCACGGCCCACUGUGCGGACAUGAACCCCACCCAGCCCCAGGACCCCCCCUCGCUCACACUGGCCCGCCAGCAAAUCAAUAAGCAGGUCGGUGAUUGGCUGGAAGCAGCCCGGAAGGAGUUUUCGUGACGUUCAUCGACCAAUGAGAUCCCGGUAUUCCAAUCCCUCACCGGAGUGUUUCGUUGCUCCCCCCCCCGCUGGGCAUUAAAAUAAAUACAAAAAUUAAAUCAUAUAAAAUUAACCAAACAAAAAACAGAACAGAACAUUCUCAUGCAGAGACCAUUGUCUGAUUCAUUCAACUCAAAUCAAGUCGGGGUAUUGUUCUGCACCCACAGGAUGGAGGAGGAGAAGGAGGAGGGAGAAUUCUGCUCAUUUUGACACACAGAGCUGAUUGUUAACCCAGCAGUGCGAUCCUGAUGUAAGAGUCAACACCAGUACUGUGUUUUAUCUGAAUGGAAUUCUUACUGUGAAUUCCCCUUGCGUUUGUGUACUGUGCUGCUUAUAGUUACUCCUUUCCAUGAGAAUUUCCCCACAGUGUCUUGUCAUUUUGUACCAGACGGCGUCACGCGAUAAAACCGAGAAUUUCUAAAUAAAUUGUACCCUUAACCCCGAUGCAUACGAUCCCAUGAAAAUGAUGUGGUUACCUUACAGCUAGCCAGCUCCUGCUGUUAAUUUUAUGUUUAGACACCUAUUAAACUUCGGUUUAAAUAAAAAAAUAAAAAAAAAAAAAAAUUGGGGUGCUGAGUAGUAGUACCCGAUCACACCGUUUUACUAGCAUGAUUUGUAUCAAUAAAACUUUGUUUUUCCCUUCCAGUAAAAGAACCUUAAAACAGAAAAAAAGCACGCUGGCAUUGCAGGGUAGCGGCGCAGUUCACACUUCCUGUCAGCAGAGGGCGCUGUUGUACCACGAGCCUCUGUGUUUUGAGAAUCCGAUUUUUAUAACUUGCUGAAUUGCCGUGCAGGAAUUAAAGGGAAUGGGCUGCUAUUAAUAAAACUGUCGGGAAGCCUUCUUAAAAGCAUCGUUCAGUCCGAACAGCCAGCCCCCAGGACAGCACAGCACAGCCCUGACGGACAGAACAGUCCCUGUCAGCCUGCCUAGGACUCGGCUUAACAUUUUUUUGAACUGGGGGGGGGGAUAAUAAUGGAUAAUUUAUUAUUAUUAUUAAUGUAAUUAUUAAACACCCUGUUUUUCAUUCUUUUUAAUCUUGUAAACUUUCUCUUCAAAUUAUGAACAACCGAUUACUGGGAUGUCAUGUUUCAGAUUUGUGAUUCAGUGAAAUGUUUGAAGUGCUUUUAAUAAAUUUACUUUUGAUUUAGUUUUUGUACAGAAAUAAGAAUAAUAAAAUGCUAUCUUUCUUCAAA